AUGUCUCUAAACCCACUGCCAGCACCUACUGCAAAUUUAUUUAUUUCUCCGUCUCCGCACGAAGAACACCAGUAUCUCAAUCUUAUUAGACAUAUAAUCGAUCACGGUGAACCUCGCGAAGACCGCACCGGUACAGGGACAAUAUCCGUUUUCGCGCCACCACAACUCCGUUUUUCUUUACGCGAUAAUGUUAUCCCACUUUUAACUACUAAACGUGUCUUCGUGCGAGCAGUUAUCGAAGAAUUACUAUGGUUUAUCAGAGGCGAUACAAACGGAAACCACUUGACAGAAAAGGGUAUUCAUAUUUGGGACGAUAAAGUCGGAUUGUCUCAUAGAAAACCUGGAGAUCUGGGUCCCGUUUACGGAUUCCAGUGGCGUCACUUUGGUGCAAAAUACGUUGAUUGUGACACAGAUUACACAGGUCAAGGUGUUGAUCAGCUUCGAGAGGUUAUUGAUAAAAUUCAAAACCAUCCAAAUGACAGGCGUAUUAUUUUAAGUGCAUGGAAUCCUGCUGGUCUUUCACCGGGUGAAUUUAUUCACACUAUGGGUGACGCACAUGUCUAUCUUGAUCACAUAGACGCGCUAAAGGUACAACUUGAACGAGAACCCCGAGCAUUUCCUCGUUUGGAAAUUAAACGCGAAAUAACAGAUAUUAACGACUUCAAAUUAGAAGAUUUUGAGAUAAUCGGAUAUCAACCAUACGGGAAAAUAAAAAUGAAUAUGUCUACUUAA